AUUCCAGCUGGGACUGGAGGACACCUGCUCUACAUUACAAAAGACACUAAUCGACCUUCGCACAAUUUCGCCGGACGAACGAAUAUCCAAGCCAUUACUCAUCUAUUCUCGAUAACCUUUUGCUUUCCAACACAAUCGUGAUGGGCAGGCUCAUCAAAAACCACUGGGCACGACUAAUCAUCCUCACAGCAGCAGCCUUCCAAAUAGGUAGCGCAAUUGAAGGCUUCAUCUGGCCCAAAAUCCUCUGGGACUUCAUGACCAAAAACCUCAACGGCGCCGUAAAACCAGCCCCGAUCCUCCAAAUCCUCAACCUAUUCAUGGGCCUCGUGGGACUAGCAUGGGAAUGGCCAUUGAAGUUUGUCGCGGGGACAUUCCCGCACCGCAGUAUCGAGACGAGACUUGUUAUUUAUCCGUUGAGUGCGAUGUUCGCGGCGCUGCUUUAUCAGGGGACGCAUCCGGCGCUUUAUUAUUUGGUCGGUAUGGGGGUUUAUUUUUGGGCUUAUACGGAGGGGGAGAUUGUGUGCGCUGAGCCGUGGACGUUGCCGAGGAGGAAGAUUGUUGGGGUAUAGCAGUUGAUUUGCAUACCGGAAGAUAUCGAUUAUAUUUGGAUUUUUAUGAGUUACGAUACCAAGCGUUAUGAUACCCAUUUUCAGCGACUUUUGUUUUCCAUCAGUUCGACGAGAUUUCCAGCAUCCGGGU